AUGGGACAACCAAAUGUAACAAUGCCAACUGAGUUCAUUCUGAUGGGAGUCACACAGACUGCUGAGCUGAAACUCCCUCUGUUUGCAGUCUUCCUUGCUAUCUAUGCAAUCACCGUGGUGGGAAACCUGGGCAUGAUCAUUUUGACCAAGCUGGACUCUCGCCUACAUACCCCUAUGUACUUUUUCAUCAGACACCUUGCUUUCAUUGAUCUUGGAAAUUCCACUGCCAUCUGCCCCAAGAUGCUGGUGAAUUUUGUUGUGGAUCAAAACACCAUCACCUAUUAUGCUUGUGCCACACAGAUGGCAUGCUUCAUUAUGUUCAUUGUCAGUGAACUUUCAAUCUUGUCCUCCAUGGCAUAUGACCGCUACGUGGCCAUCUGCAACCCUCUGCUCUACAGUGCGAUAAUGUCUCAGAGACGCUGUCAAGUGCUCGUUGGCAUUCCAUACCUCUACAGUACCUUCCAGGCUCUGCUGUUCCCUAUUAAGUAUUUCACGUUAAGCUUCUGUGGUGCUAAUGUCAUAAGCCACUUCUAUUGUGAUGUCGUCCCCAUACUACCUUUGAUCUGUUCACAUGUAGAAGAGACAGAAUUGUUGACUAUAUUGUUUUCAGCCUUUAAUUUAAUCUCUUCUCUUCUUGUGGUUCUUUUGUCUUACAUGCUGAUUUUGUUAACCGUAUGUCGAAUGCAUUCUGCAGAAGACAGCAAUACAGUGACUCCCAUGGGGCCAGGAAAGAACUUAAAUCCAUCCUGUUACAAACUAAGAUCACAGCAGCAAGACUCCUAAGCAAGGUCUUCACACGGUCUUGCAUAUGUGACCUUCUACUGGAUCAUGCUUGAUUUAUCAGGGCAUCCAUUUUUGUAGAAAUUGGCCCUUCAUCUAGCAGAAGCUUAUGUAGAAGAAUUUUAAUCCAACAAAUGACUUCUCUGGCAACAGAUCUCCUCCAAAGAGCUUCUACAUCUAUUGAUACAGCUGGAAUGCAAACAUGUCCAAGACUACAGUAUAAAAAAUCUGACUGGAAUACAAACACAA